CCGGAGGGGUUGGACUUAGUAGACGGAAUGGACAUUUCUACUCUACACAAGCAGGAAACACUUACGGUUGGAGAAGGGGAAAAGAGGACACUAGUCUGCAAAACCAAUGGAUCAGUGAAACCACCAGUCAGUUUGGAAUGGGAUGUAUCAGAUGGAAUAAAUAUAUAUGAUGAUUUGCAAGAGAAUGUGAAUGUUCCCCACGACGGACGACUAAAAGUGCCUACACGAACUAUCGUCUUCACACCAACAUACAACGGUGCUGAAGAGCUUCAGGUAGUAUGUAGGGUGGCGAACGAAUCGUAUCGUAACAUAACAACAUCAGUCAUCAUAAGAAAAGAAGGAACAACUCCCCAAAGUUAUGUAGGAACAACUCCCCAAAUUUAUGUAGGAACUACUCCCCCAAUCAAACAUCUUGUGACAAUUUCUGAGGAAAGUAAUCCAAGUCUGGCAAGUGAUGAAGAAGUACAAGACAACUGUGCUCUGCUUCGUAUAGUUAUCUACAUCUUGGGAGGGUCAUUAGGUGCAAUGAUUCUGAGCGUAAUUGCAGUAACGGUUUCUCACAAGUGCUUACAACAUAAUACAGAUAGAGGUGAUUUUUUUUCUGUUCAAUAACUUAAUAAAAAUAUCAAUAUAAUGUCAAAUUCAGUUAAAUUGUUUGAUUAUAAAUGACACAGAAAAAUUACUAUGAAAAUAUGUAUAAACUGGUCUUUUCUAAGGACCAGAAGAUUGUGAUAUUUGAUGUAGUCUAUCAUGUC